AUACAAUCCACCUUAAAACAACCCAAUAUUAAAUUAGUAAAAGGAUACUUUAAAAUUUCAAUAAAGAGUAUGUACAAAGACACUUAAAAAGUGAAGGUGACCAUGUUAGGAUGCCAAUUAACAUAAGUCAAGAAAAAUGACGACAAUGAGAACACAUCCAUUCUUCUACAUCUAAUCUCUCCAAAAAACACAACCACCCACCACCUUCCCCCCCUCCCUCCCUUUCAGUUUCUAUCAUCCCCACAGACAUUUUUCAUCCUUUUCUUCUUCUCCCUCUUUCUGUAUGGCUGCUUCUUCUACCUUCUUUCCUGACCCAAAUAUACUCCUCUCCCCUUUUUAUUAUGCUAAUAAUUCUAUUAAUUCUCAAACUAAUCAAUCUUCAAAUCCAUUUUCCAACUACUCCACUUCUCUUUUUCAUCUAAUGUCGUCGUCUAAUCCUCAUACUUCAACAAUGGAUGAGAAUGUUACUCACAAAAUGGUUCGGAAAAGGACAGCUUCUGAAAUGGAACGCCCUUCUCCGGGUUCUAAUGAAUUAAUUGAUCAACAACAGAUUAGUUCGGUUAAUGAUUCGGGUGUGUUUAAUGCUGGAAAUGAUCAACAACAACAACAACCUCUUGUUUGUGGGUUUUCUGGGUUGCCUUUGUUUCCUCCUGUUGUAGAGAGAAAUGUUGUCAUGGGUUCAAAUAGUACUAGAACUAGUAUGGGGAUUAUGAGUAAUGUUCCGGGUUCGGGAUCGGGUUUGGGGUCGGCGGUGGCUACAACUCCGGCUUCCACGGAGGAUCCAGGAUGGGUAGAUGGUAUUAUUAAGGAUUUGAUUCAGAGUUCAAAUUCUGUGUCGAUUCCUCAUUUGAUACAAAAUGUUAGAGAGAUUAUUUAUCCUUGUAACCCUAAUCUUGGUGCUGUUAUUGAGUUUAGGCUCCGUUCAUUGGCGGAUCCUCCGCCAGUACCACAACCAACAAUUUCUCAAACCCAGUAUCAUAAACAGCAGAAUCAACAACCUGUGUUUUCUCGGAUUCAUACCAGUAAUUCAAGUCAAACUAGUUUGAAUAAUAAACCUUAUUUUAAUUUGAGUGAAAUGGAGUGUUUCCCACAACCUUCUUCUAUUGAAUGUAGUGCAAAUAUGAACUGGGGAGGUGUAACUGUAAACACAGCAAACCAAAUCUCAAAUCCAACCCAAAUCAAUGACGGUUGUGUUGGUGGAAGUAUAAACGCAACUCAAAUCCCAAACCCAACCCAUAACAUUCUGCAACCCGAGACAUGUCGUGUUGUGGAAGGGACUUCUGAUCAUAAUACCGAGUCGCGGGAGACCCGGGAUUCUGAUCAGGCUGUUGGGUCUGGAGUAAGGACGGAGGAAUCUCCAUCUGAUACUCCAACCCCACCAGCCCCCCAACCUCCUCCGCCACCGCAGGAAAUUACUGCUGUGGCAAAGGCUCGGGAGAGGGAGGAGCUUCGACAACGUAAGAGGGAUGAAGAGGGACUUCACCUUCUCACCCUUUUACUACAAUGUGCCGAAGCUGUUUCUGCGGAGAAAUUCCAAGAAGCUGACAGAAUGCUCGUCGAAAUCUCCGAAUGGGCCACACCAUUCGGAACCUCCGCCCAGCGUGUGGCUGCAUAUUUCUCUGAGGCGAUGUCAGCUCGUUUAGUGAGCUCUCGCCUCGGCAUUCAUACCUCAUUACCUUCAAUCCCACAUCACCAAAAACUACUUUCUGCUUUCCAAGUUUUCAAUGGAAUAAGCCCAUUUGUAAAAUUCUCACAUUUUACAGCUAACCAAGCAAUUCAAGAGGCUUUUCAAAGAGAGGAAAGAGUUCAUAUUAUUGAUCUUGAUAUCAUGCAGGGCUUACAAUGGCCUGGGCUUUUUCAUAUUUUAGCAUCUAGGCCUGGUGGGCCCCCAUUUGUUAGGCUUACUGGGCUUGGGACGUCGAUGGAAGCCCUUGAAGCAACCGGAAAACGGUUGUCGGACUUUGCGGAGAAGUUGGGUUUGCCGUUUGAGUUCAUUCCGGUGGCGGAGAAGAUAGGGAAUUUGGAUUUGGAAAAAUUGCAUGUGAGUAAAAGAGAAGCUGUUGCUGUUCAUUGGUUGCAGCAUUCUUUGUAUGAUGUUACUGGGUCUGAUACCAACACUCUUUGGCUCUUGCAAAGAUUGGCUCCAAAAGUUGUAACAGUAGUAGAGCAAGACCUGAGCCGAACAGGCACCUUCCUCGGAAGAUUUGUGGAGGCAAUCCACUACUACUCGGCCCUUUUUGAUUCCUUGGGAGCAAGCUACGGUGAAGAUAGUGAGGAGAGACAUGUAGUCGAGCAACAACUUUUCUCAAGGGAAAUCAGAAACGUUUUAGCGAUAGGAGGUCCCUCACGGAGUGGAGAUCCCAAGUUCCCAAGCUGGAGAGAAAAAUUACAGCAGUCUGGGUUCAGAGGGAUCUCCUUAGCCGGUAAUGCAGCAGCUCAAGCUACAUUGCUUUUAGGCAUGUUCCCUUCCGAUGGGUACACUCUGGUGGAAGAUAAUGGUACCCUUAAGCUUGGAUGGAAAGACCUUUGCUUGCUUACUGCAUCGGCUUGGAGGCCUUCUCAUGCUCAUACUAUGAGCACAGUCUGUACAAGGAGCCAGUAGAUCGCGGCACCUUGUAAUACGCAGCUAAAACCAUGAUAUGCACGCGAUGGAUUUCUGAUUAUGAUGCACCUUCAUGAAUCCGCGACUUCAAUAGGAUGCUAUGGAGCCAUAGGAGGAUCUUUCUUGUAUCAUACCAGUGUGGAUUUAGGAUUCAGGAAGAAGAAAGCACACUUCCCUUUAAUUUGAGGGCUGUAAUUUUCUGGGAUAUUGCCAUUUUGGUCAUUGUUCUAGUUAGCUUUUCUUUGGCAAAAGGGACUAUAGAGUUUAUAUGUUUUCCUACUGACAGCAAAUGUAUUCAUGUAUCAUGCUCUUUUACUUUCAAGUUCCUAUAUAAAUAGUUUUCCAUUUC